CAUUGACUUCCACGCCCAGCCCAUCGUCCACCUCCCUCCCAAUCGGAUCCACCCACCCACCCUUCCUCACCUCCCUCCCUAUAAUUUCUCUUCCCCCGCUCCCAACUGCCUCCCAGUCUCACGCCCUCCCCUUCCUCGCUUGUUCCACCGGCUCACUCCACUCCCCGCCGCUCCCCUCUGUCCGCCCGCCGGCGGAGGGUCCAGCGCUUGUUUCCCGGCGAGCUUCCUCUGGGGCGUGUGGGGGGACUGUGACUCUGCGAGCAUGGCGGGGAAGGGGAAGGAGGAGGAGGUGUACGUGGCGUCGAUCGACCAGGGGACGACCAGCACCAGGUUCAUCAUCUACGACCGCCACGCCAGCCCCGUCGCCUCCCACCAGCUCGAGUUCAAGCAGCACUACCCGGAGGCCGGAUGGGUUGAGCAUGAUCCUAUGGAGAUCAUGGAGAGCGUGAAGGUCUGCAUGGCAAAGACACUCGAAAAGGCUGCAGCUAGUGGACUUAAUGUGGAUGCUGGUUUGAAGGCCAUUGGAAUCACAAAUCAGAGGGAGACUACCGUUGUGUGGAGCAAAUCCACAGGCCUUCCGCUCUACAAUGCAAUUGUGUGGAUGGAUGUUCGCACUAGCUCUAUCUGCAGGAGACUGGAAAGUGAGCUAUCAGGUGGCAGAACCCACUUUGUGGAGACAUGUGGUUUACCAAUCAGUACCUACUUCAGUGCUCUGAAGUUAUUAUGGUUGAUGGAGAAUGUUGACGCUGUCAAGGAUGCAGUCCGGGCUGGUGAUGCAUUAUUUGGCACAAUCGACACCUGGUUGAUCUGGAACCUCACUGGAGGCAUUGGUGGGAAAGACCGUGAUGGAAAGGAGUUAGUUGGGCAGCAUGUCACAGACUGCUCGAACGCAGCACGCACAAUGCUUAUGAAUCUAAAGGCACUUGACUGGGACAAGCCUACACUUGAGGCAUUAGGCAUUCCUGCCGGCAUCUUGCCAAAGAUUAUCAGUAACUCGGAGAAAAUUGGCGUGGUUGCCAGUGGGUUCCCUUUGGCUGGUGUUUCCAUCUCAGGCUGUUUAGGAGAUCAGCAUGCUGCGAUGCUUGGGCAGCUAUGCCAGAAAGGUGAAGCAAAAAGCACCUACGGAACUGGUGCCUUCAUCCUUCUCAACACAGGGGAGGAGGUCACACAGUCUACCCACGGUCUUCUUAGCACUAUUGCUUACAAGCUUGGCCCAGAUGCACCCACUAAUUAUGCUUUAGAAGGCUCAAUUGCAAUUGCUGGUGCAGCAGUUCAGUGGUUGAGGGACAGCCUUGGAAUCAUUUCCUCAGCAUCAGAAAUUGAAGGAUUGGCUGAAAGUGUGCAAGAUUCAGGUGGGAUUUACUUUGUGCCAGCUUUCAAUGGAUUGUUCGCGCCAUGGUGGAGGGAUGACGCGAGGGGGAUCUGUAUCGGAAUCACGAGGUUCACAAACAAGGGGCACAUUGCUCAAGCAGUGCUCGAGAGUAUGUGCUUUCAGGUGAAUGAUGUUCUCAGCUCCAUGCAUAAGGAUGCUGGGGAGGCAGGAGAAGUCAAGAGUGCAGAAGGGGAAUUCUUGCUGCGUGUCGAUGGUGGUGCUACUGUUAACAACCUUCUCAUGCAGAUCCAGGCCGAUUUGCUGGGCAGCCCUGUUGUCAGACCAGCCGACACCGAGACGACAGCCCUUGGAGCCGCAUACGCAGCAGGAUUAGCUGCCGGAGUCUGGACGAAGGAGGAGAUAUUCGCAGGCCUGCACAAGGAGAACACAACGGUUUUCCGCCCCAAGUUAGAUGACGCACACAGGAAGAAGAGAGGAGAGUCCUGGAACAAGGCGGUUUCAAGAUCAUUUGACCUGGCUGACCUUUCUCUCUAGUUUGUUACACCUUGUUGCGCGGCAAAAUUGGAUCAGUGUGUGCCAGCCCAUGUUUGUCGACGAAUAAAUGGUAUGUUGUACAUUAUAUCGGUGGGAUUUUUCCUUGGCUUUAUAUAGGAAGAAUUGGAGCAUAAAUGUCCUUGUAUAUCUAUAAGUACAGGAGCAUCUGGAUUCUUCAGAGAGAAGUGCUUGUGGAGUAACAAAAUUCAGUUUCAUGAUA